GACGCUCUCGUCAGGAACGCUUUGUCAAAGUUUUUGACAAAAAACGCCGUAUGACGUAAACUGCGUCAGGCGUGGUAUCACUAGCGGGUCGGGUUUUUACAUUAGAGCUGUAUCUUGGAAUCAAAACUAUUUGCAUCCUACAUAUUUAGUUGAGAAUGCACUGACCCCAAGGCCCUCCUUGUAGCUUUUGGAGCAUAAAGUGCCUUAUGAAAAAUGGGAUUUGGAAGUGAUCUUAGAAACUCUCAUGAAGCACUUUUAAAAUUACAAGAUGGAGAAUUACGCCUGCUAGAAAAUGUUAAAAAAUUCAUGACUUUGCGAAUUAAAAGUGACAAGGAGUACGCAUCUAUGUUGCAGAACCUUUGCCAACAAGUAGACAAGGAGUGUGGGUUGCAGCUGAGUAAUGUUUCCAAGGUAACAAAAACCGAGUUGGAGAAAUUGAAAUCUAACUAUAGGCAGUUCACAAAGGAAGCAAAUACUGCUAGAGAGAAGUAUAAAGAAGCCAUUUCUAAAGGCAAAGAGGCUGAAAAAGCUCGGGAACGUUAUGAUAAAGCUACCAUGAAACUUCAUAUGCUACAUAACCAGUAUGUGAUAGCACUUAAAGGAGCACAGUUAUACAAGGAACAGUAUUAUGAAUCUUCACUUCCAGUGCUACUUGACUCACUGCAGAGGAUGCAGGAACAAAUGACCCAGGCACUAAAAGCAAUCCUAGAAGAAUACAGCCAAAUUACCAGCUUAAUCACAGAAGAGAUAGUAAGUGUACAUUUGGAGAUCCAAAGUUCUGUACAGCAGAUAGACCCUAGUACGGAAUAUGACAGCUUCAUUGAAACUCACAGGUCUACACUAGUUAAGGAAGACUCUGUAGAGUUUGAUGCAUCAUUAUUAGAAGAACUUGAAAAUAUUGAAGCAAAUGUUAUUAUUUGGAAUAAUUUAACGGCAGACAAUUUACAAGCAAUGUUAAAAGCAGCAACAGAAGAACUAGCCCAAAUACAUCAAGCCGCAGAAAACAAAGAAAGCACAGUACAAGAUAAGGAAAAGAAAAUGGAAGCACAAGUUGCAGAAUGUCAAAAACAGUCAGAUAUUGUUUUGUUGCUGAAUGAUAAGCAAGCACUGGAAGAACUAAAGCAGUCUGUACAUCAGCUGAAGUGCACUGAAGUUAGACUUUCUGCACAGAAAACUUUGUUGGAUCAGCAGAUGAUGGAAAACGACGGCAAAGAACCUCCUCCUGUAAUGAAUUAUGAAGAGGAUGCAAGAUCUGUUACAUCUAUGGACAAGAAAGAGAAACUUUCAAAGUUUGAAGGAUUACGCUGCUCGAUAGUAGGAAUCCUAAGAUCCCCCAAGAAUGCACUGGGUUCAUCUUUUUUUGAUGUGAUAUCAUCAAGCGAAAAGCCAUUAGCAGAACAAGACUGGUACCAUGGUGCAAUUCCUAGAGUAGAAGCACAGGAGUUGCUAAAGCAGCAGGGGGAUUUCUUGGUGCGUGAGAGCCAUGGAAAGCCUGGUGAAUAUGUGCUAUCUGUGUUUUCUGAUGGACAACGGCGGCAUUUCAUCAUCCAGUAUGCAGAUAAUCAAUAUCGAUUUGAAGGCACUGGAUUUCCAACAAUUCCUCAACUUAUAGAGUAUCAUUAUACAACUAAACAAAUAAUUACCAAAAAAUCAGGUGUUGUGUUGUUGAAUCCUAUUGUUAAGGAUAAAAAGUGGAUCCUCAAUCAUGAAGAUGUCACACUGGGAGAGUUAUUGGGCAGAGGUAACUUUGGAGAAGUUUACAAAGGCACAUUAAAGGACAAAACUGCUGUUGCUGUAAAAACUUGUAAGGAAGAUCUUCCACAGGAACUAAAAAUCAAAUUUUUAUCUGAAGCAAGGAUACUUAAGCAGUAUGAUCAUCCCAACAUUGUCAAGUUAAUAGGAGUCUGCACGCAAAGGCAGCCUAUUUACAUUGUUAUGGAACUUGUGCCAGGAGGUGAUUUCCUUUCCUAUUUGAGGAAGAAAAAAGAUGACUUAAAACCUAAACAGCUAGUUAAAUUUGCAUUGGAUGCUGCUGCUGGCAUGGCUUAUCUGGAGUCGAAAAACUGUAUCCACAGAGACCUUGCAGCAAGAAACUGCCUGGUGAGCGAGAAUAAUAUUCUCAAAAUCAGUGACUUUGGCAUGUCUCGUCAGGAGGAUGAUGGAAUAUAUUCAUCAUCGGGACUGAAACAGAUUCCUAUUAAGUGGACUGCUCCAGAGGCCCUCAACUAUGGGAGGUAUAGUUCAGAAAGUGAUGUGUGGAGUUAUGGGAUUCUUCUUUGGGAGACGUUCAGUUUAGGUGUGUGCCCAUAUCCUGGAAUGACUAACCAGCAAGCCCGGGAACAAGUGGAGAAGGGUUAUAGAAUGACAGCUCCUCAAAAGUGUCCGGAAGAAAUCUUCAGAAUAAUGCAGAAGUGUUGGGAAUACAAAGUGGAAAAUCGCCCAAAGUUCAGUGACAUACAUAAAGAACUGUUAGCAAUCAAAAAGAAACUAACGUAGUGUUAAAAAAGUAAACUCAUUGCACACAAGCAGGAGACCUGAGUUUAUUAAAAGAGGAAAUAUUGGAAUUCUGUUUUGUUUUUAUAGGGGAAACACUAUAACCAUCUGCCAUGUGGAUUGUAAUAUGUCUUUUUGUACUGUUAUUAACAAAUAUUGUCAUUUCCAUUUGUGCCUUUUGACUGUUAUUAGGUGGUUAUCAAAAGCAUAUUUAACGUAAAUUCUGUUUUUAACAAUAUUUUGUUUUAUAAGUGGGUGACAUUCUCUUAUGUGUCAUGUAAAUAGGAAGCCACAAAAAUAUUAGACUGUUAUGUAUAAUAUUGACUAACCAGCCAUAUACAUGCCAUUGUAAAAUUACUUAUUUUUAUUCUUGUCUGUUUUUAAAAAUGUACUUCUCGGGUUAAUUUGCCAGUAUUUCCUUCACCUUAUGGCUGAGCAAAGGUGCAUUGUAAACAUUUCCAAAGAAGUGAGAAAAUGUAAAGUAAUAUAAAUACUGUAUAAAUAAUUUACUUAAAUAAUGCAGUUUUAUCAUGUUGAAGAGUAGUACCGCUCACAGCAAUACAUUUUCUGAGUCAGAUUAGUGGCUUUGUACAUUAAACUGAUACACACUG